AUGGGUCGGGUUAUUCGUGCACAGAGAAGGUCGCAUGCCAUCUUUAAAUCCCAUACCCAUCAUAACAAAGCUCCAGCCCAGCUGAGGAAACUGGAUUAUGCUGAACGAAACGGCUACAUCCGUGGAAUAGUAAAAGAGAUCAUACACGACGCUGGACGUGGCGCCCCUCUUGCCCGUGUAGUAUUCCGCGACCCCUACCGAUACAAGCUUCGCAAAGAGACCUUCAUCGCCACGGAGGGUCUUCACACUGGUGCUUUUGUUUACUGUGGAAAGAAGGCACAACUUGUCGUUGGAAACGUCCUCCCCAUCUCGCAAUGCCCUGAGGGUACCAUUGUCUGCAAUGUCGAAGAGAAAGUCGGCGAUCGGGGUGCUUUAGCUCGGACGUCUGGCAACUACGCAACCGUCAUUGGACACUCUCCCGAUGACAACAAGACGAGAAUCAGGCUACCAUCUGGCGCGAAGAAGACUAUCUCAGGUGGAGCUCGCGCUACCGUCGGUAUUGUUGCCGGGGGUGGACGUAUCGACAAGCCUUUGCUGAAGGCCGGUAGGGCAUUCCACAAAUACAAAGCUAAGCGUUACAACUGGCCUCGUACUCGUGGUGUCGCUAUGAACCCCGUCGACCAUCCUCAUGGUGGUGGUAACCAUCAGCACAUUGGUAAAGCCUCCACCAUGGCUCGCUCUGCUGUUCCGGGUCAGAAAGUCGGUCUUAUCGCCGCUCGCCGGACUGGUCUGUUGCGUGGUACCGUCAAGGUCAAGGAGGUGUAG